AUGCUGUUGCGGUCAUCAUUAUCUCGGUCAUGCCACAUCUUUCGCGCAGGGCAAUGCCCUUCCCGACACCACACCAUCAUUGGCCAAGCGCCUGCCAUUCAUAACAGCACACGGGCAACGUCACCAGAUGUGACACUACGCCUAAUGCCGCUAGGAGGCUCAGUUACAUAUGGCGUUGGAUCUUCAGAUGGGAAUGGAUACAGGAAAGUCCUGCGAGAUCUUCUUCUUGCCAAUGGCUAUCAAGUCUGCAUGGUUGGUUCACGCAGGGCUGGGUCGAUGCAUAACAAUGAACAUGAAGGGUGGCGUGGCUAUCGACUUGACCAGAUUGAGAGUAGAGCGAGACGAUCGCUCGCGACUGUCAACCCGAACCUCUUCACAAUCAACGCCGGAUCCAACGACUGUAUCCAGAGCCAUGAGCUCGGCGCCUUCCGAGAGCGAAUGGACAAUCUUCUCGAAUAUCUUUGGAAGGCCUCUCCCCUCUCUACCGUCAUCUUAUCAACGCUACUACUAAACGCGGAUGAGCAAGUCAAUUCGAGAGUUCUGAACAUUAAUAACCAUCUCCGAGAUCUCGUUAUGCUGAAGGAAGCCGAGCGGAAAAGGAUAGUCCUUGCAGAUAUGUACAGUAACAAAGGCCCCAAACUCGAUGAUUUGAUGGAUGGCACCCAUCCCAACGAUGAUGGGUACAGCAAAAUGGCGUAUGUUUGGUUUGACGCCAUUCAAAAAACCCGCGCAAGCGGUUUCUUUUUUAGGUGA